AUGCGUUUUGACCGGGGUUACAUUUCACCGUAUUUCAUCACGGACGUCAAGAACCAGAAGGUCGAAUUCGAGAAACCGCUGAUCUUGCUGUCCGAGAAGAAGAUCUCGGUGUUGCAGGACAUCCUACCUUCGCUUGAAGCAGCUGCGCAGUCUCGUCGGCCGCUCCUCAUUAUUGCUGAAGACGUCGACGGUGAGGCACUUGCGGCAUGCAUACUGAACAAGCUCCGUGGUCAACUCCAGGUGGCCGCAGUCAAGGCUCCUGGGUUUGGUGACAAUCGAAAGAGCAUCCUUGGUGACCUUGCAAUCCUAACCGGUGGUACCGUAUUUACCGACGAGCUUGACAUAAAGUUUGAUCGCGCAACACCAGAUCUACUUGGUUCAACUGGGUCUGUGACUAUCACGAAGGAGGACACCAUUUUCCUCAACGGCGAAGGUUCAAAAGAUGCCAUCCAGGCGCAUUGUGAACAGAUUCGCUCUGCACUGAACGACCCGACGACAAGCGAACAUGAUAAGACCAAGCUCCAGCAGCGACUUGCGAAGCUCUCCAGUGGAGUUGCUGUAAUUAAAGUCAGUGAUUCGAGCGAAGUCGAGGUAGGAGAAAAGAAGGACCGUUACGAUGAUGCGCUCGAUGCUACUCGUGCGACUGUCGAGGAAGGAAUUCCGCCGGGUGAGGGUGUUGCUUUGCUCAAGGCAUCAAUUUCACUUCCGACCAGUGGAGACUCAAACGCAGCUUCGUCGUCGUCCUCCGAGACUAUCCCUACUGCAAACCUUGGCCAAGAACUCGAUAUCACGAUCAACCGUGGCACUACGCACCAGGAUGCACGGACAAGUCUCACUUCGAGGCACAGUGCACCAGAGCAAUUUGCACAGGGCUAUGACGCGAGUAAAGGUCAAUACGUUGACAUGAUC